UUGUGGAUGUGUCAGACAGAAACUUUGGCAUAAAGCAUGGAUAUUACAAAGCCCAACAUAAUUUGGAUUAAAGGAAGAUGCUAUCGACUCUACGGACAGACAGUUGGAUCAACUGAUUUUGAUUCAGAGUAUACAGGAUAUGGAGACGAUGAACAAACCUUCUUUGACAGUGGCCGAGAUGAUGAUUGCUCUGACAACGACUAUGAAAUCGAAGAGGCAGAAACAGGCAGAUUGAAGACCUGCUUUCAUAUUCCGAGAUCGCUCCAUGGGGUGCUUAUUGGACCAAAGGGAACGACCAGACAGCGCAUCGAGAAAGAAACAAAAGCCCUCAUUAGGAUACCCAAAAAAGGAAUUGAUCAAGAUAUUGUUGUCACUGGAGCUACAAGGGAAAGUGUUGCUAAGGCAAGACGACGCAUGGAAUUAAUUGCCUUGACAGCAAGACAAAAACAACAAUUUACACAUUUUCUUUCAUUACCAGUCAACAGUGAGAAUGUGAAGAGAGGUUUUCUACACUUUCAGGACCAAGUUUUAAAUGAGUGUAGAGGUAGAGGUAUAGGGAAAGAUAUUUUCCAGGACCCAAAUAAAUUACACAUCACUCUUGGAACCCUUGUUCUUCUAGAUGAAAAAGAUCGCCAAAAAGCAGCUCAAGCUCUUCAGGACUGCCAGCGAGAUAUUGUAGAACCAUUACUUCAGAAAAGACCCUUACGGCUAAGUGUGUAUGGAAUUGAGUACAUGAAUGAUGACCCAGCAGAGGUUGAUGUGUUAUAUGGAAAAGUAAAGGACUUAAAUGAAAAUUUAAUUCUUCAGGAGCUUGCUGAUGGCAUAAUAAAAUAUUUUUCAAACACAGGUCUCAUGCCAAAGCAAUUUGAUUCGGUCAAGCUUCAUGUGACUGUUAUGAAUUCCUUAUUUCGGAGAGAAGUUACAGACUCAGAUUUGGCCAAAGGUGAUAACCGGCGUAAAGUCCGCGAAUCUUUCGACGCCUUGCAGAUUCUUAAGAAACUUCAAGAUUUCAGUUUUGGGGAGAUGGAGGUUCAGAGUGUAGAUCUUUCAAGGCGCUAUUCCACAGCUGCAAAUGGUUACUAUGAAGCAACAUCUAGCAUACCACUGAUGUAACAUUUCACUUGAAUAAAUAUUAAAUUUGUUACUUUCGUGUGAAUA